AUGACUGAUGACUCUGGCGACGAAUCGAAAUAUGCUCAACAGCCAAGUGGCAGCAGCCCAACACAGAGCCACGCUCUAGCCACAGAAAAUGCAGAUGUUGUCACAAAGAAAGACAUCAGGUCGGCAGAAAAAAUCGACCCGGAGGAUGUCGACGUUCAAGAUGUCGGCUGGAGCAAUCGAGACUUCACAUCGUCUCCAAUGGCCAUCCCUGGAGUACCCAACGGGCAGCUUGCUGCGUUAAUACGCCGGUUCGAUAACCAGACGUUUCAUGUAAAAACCAUCAACGUCCCGCCGUUAGCAAAUUUGGACAUGAACAUUGCAGAAAAGGAAGAAUUCUCACCAGAGAAGCUGCGUGCACACCUCGAGAGACUAUACACGAGCGUGAUAGUUCAACUAGUCUCAGCCUGGAAGCAAGUAACCUAUUUAAGAUCCUGGACUGAUUGGCGACGAACUUCUGCGUUUCUCUCUGUAUACACGGCUGCAUGGGCUACUGAUCUGCUCCUGUCCACCAUGCUGGCAUUCCUGAUAAUCUUGAUACUGUCCCCUCCAGCGCGUCGCGUUUGCUUCCCUCCAAUAGAACCAGGACUCGUUAGUACUACCGCUGGUAGCACUAGUCAAAAAGGAUCUAGCAAGUUGGAUUCUAGUGGCGCCAUCACGACUUCGCCGGAGACGCAAGCCGGAGAAGGAGCUGAACGAGAGGCACACAGCUUCAUAAACAGUAUAGCAACGCUUCUUCUCAGCACAAGCGUUGGCAAACAAGAAAAAGAUUCUAGCGAGACGUCCACUGGUGACGAAGAACCCGACAUCAAGGCACCUGAUAUUACCAAACUACAGAAGGACAUGGUGCAUGCCAAAGAUAACAACGUGGAUAACGAUGCCUUGCAACAGAAAACGUCAAAGUCGGUAUCAAAAAUGGUAUGGAAAGGUGCUGAAGAUUCGAUGCGCCUCAUUGCGCAGCUGGUGGAUAAUUGGGAACGCAUUGGAAACGCCCUGAGCCCCAUUCCUCCAUUUCAGAGGUCACUCCCGAGAAUAUUACUUGCUCUAUGUCUAGUCCUUCCCCUGCUUGGGUCCUUUUUUGUCACAUCGUAUCUCAUGGCCAAAGGGCUUGGUUUUGGAAUAGGCAUUGCCCUAUUUGGCUCCCCAGGAAUGACCCGUGUGAAUGCCGUUGUCGUCAGAAACUAUCCGAGGAUCCGGAAGUACUUGGAAUUGCGCAAUUCCAUUUUGCGAGGGGUACCGACAAAUGCGCAGCUCGCCAUUACACUUCUACGUAUGGGAGAGCAAAGCAAAGCUCCAGUUCCUCCUCCUACGCCGACGGAUUCAGCGUCAGGAAGAGCGCCUGAAAAGCCACAGCGAGACAACGAUACUGCAGAACAUGACGAGGUAUCAAAAACGAAGCAGACAAAAGCCAGAGGCGGCUUCCUUGGAUUUCUCAGAACCGUCACUGGCGGAGGAAUAAACGUGUUUCUCGCCACUGACAAAGUAAAAGCUGCAGUAGGUGAGAGGCAUGCAAAGGAUCGGCUCGGCGUCGUAGAGCCUCCAGACACAAACCCCUUUGCUGGCCCAGUCCGAUUCCCAGCCAGACACAAAGGGCGCAGAGGACAUGCAUACAUAACCACGACGGCCACAUCGCCUGCACUCAGCUGGACAUCUAACCUUGAGAAUGUGAAUCCAGCAUGGGCAAUUCCGAUUGCUGAUAUUGAAGAACUGCAAAAAGUUGGGGGUCUUGGGUGGAAGAGCAAGAUUAUGGUCCAUUGGGCAUUGGAGAAGGACGUUGUAGAUGGACUGAUUAUCACGUCCAUGGGUGAAGAAUAUCAUCUUACAGCUGUUACAAGGCGGGACGAACUUUUCAAUAGGCUUAUAUCUGCUGGUCCACAAAUGUGGGAGGCUCUCUAG